AUGAUGCUCGCUCAACCAAAGAGCGCCGGAGAUUUCAAUGAGAGGCGUUUCAUUCUCUUGCUCAACGAUUUGACCGAAGGAAGAAAUACACUGAACAAUUGGCCAGACGCCAUCGUCUCAUUGAGAAGGUCAUUGCUUGUCGACGCAAUGCUUACUUCGAACAAAUAA